AUGGAGCAUGAAAUCCAAGUUACCAUUGGCGAGGUCGAAUACCUGUUGAUUCCUCAUCAUUUGAACCUCCAAGAGCCUGGUGAUGUUUUCGAUAAUACCGAUGUUCCGCAGCCCCUUGUUGUCUUUGUUACCCAGCCAGGACAAAGAUCUCCAGGUUUGCUCUUCGAAGUUUUCAAAGAGAACCUUACUAUCGAUCCUGAGGUCUACGAUGAGCUUAAUGUCUGGAAAACCAAAAUCUGGACAUUUAUCAAGGGCUUUACCACCGCAUCCAGCAUGUCACCUGGGCCUCAUAUCAUUGCAAAGGGAAGCACAUGGCAGCCGUGGAGGGUCUACCGAGACUUUAAUGCGACCUUCAGUGUGAAAGAUAACAUCGAUAUCGCCGGGCACAAAACUACGUUAUGCAACCGAGCAUGGCAGAGUCUCUAUCCAGCCAAGGAGAAAAACGCCGCAUGUGUCCAGGUGCUCAUAGAGGCUGGAGCGAUCUUAGUAGGAAAGACAAAGCUGCAGGCCAUGAUAAUGCGGGAGGAGCCUCACAAGGCUGUCGAGUUCACAUCCCCUUUCAACCCUCGUGCGGACGGGUAUCAAGUACCGUCGGGAAGCAGCAGUGGAAGUGCGGUUGGAAUUGGAUCUUAUAAUUGGCUUAACUUUUCUAUUGGAUCUGACACUAAUGGGAGUGGCCGUAAGCCUGCACAAUACAACGGGUGCUUUUCGAUCCGACCGUCAACGGGUAUAAUGAAUACCGAGGGUGUUGUUGGAACUUUUCCGCAAUUUGAUAUGCCAGUUUUCUUUGGUAGAGAUCUGACCAGGUUUCCUGAGUUCAUCAAUGUUUGGUAUGGAAACUCAGAGCUACUCCAGAAACAAUCUCAGCAAAAACUUAGGAUCCUCUAUCCGAGGGAUUAUCUUCCAACUGGAAACCAGGCACAGUCACGUCUGAUUGAGAAUUUCAUCCAAGGUCUUGAAAAAGCAUCUGAGAUUGAAAGAGAAGAGAUAUCUCUCGCUGAAGAUUGGGGAAAAGAAAAGAUUGCCCCGAUGGGCCAGAUAAUGGGAACAUCUCCGAGUACCUCAAACUUCCUUGAGAACUUUAGGGAAGAAUACAAAAAGCAGUACGGUAAACCUCCAUUUGUGCAAAAGGCUAUGCGUUGGAGAUGGGAAAUAUCCAACAAGGUUACUAUUGAAGAACGCAACAUGUAUUGGCGUCGCUCUGAAAUUUAUCGAUACUGGCUUCUGGAUAAGAUUUUCCAAGUCACUUCCGAAGGACCGAUGUCUUUCAUGGUCUUGCCGAUUGAAGAGGGAAAGCCAGAUUAUCGAGAUGAUGAUAUUCCACCAUUUUCUAUCCUAAGUGGAUAUGCCUCGCUGAACAUGUCUCCAAUGAUGCGAGCGCCUGAGCUCACCACCAUAGUUGGUCAUGUUCCCUACGAAUCUACUGUCACGGACCGAGAAGAGUUCUUACCUAUCGCGGCCUCUGUCAUUGGCGCUCCCGGAACCGAUCUCAUCCUUGCAGAUUUGGUUCAGAAAGGUAUGGAAUUUGCGAAUCUACCCAUGAAGCUGAAAACGGGUCGGUUCAUGUAUUAG